GCACCUUCCACAAACUGGUCAGUCAGAGGUAUCGGCACGCCGUGUGAAGAGUUCUUGUCUCAAAUCAUCCAUCGCGAUCGGACACGUUUUCUAGUCAGAGAAGAAGAACCAUGAUCGUCCUGGUCCCUGCAUGAGUCUGAGUCUCAAUUUCCAGUGUCAGUCAAGAGGACGAUUUUUUUGUGGGGAGAAAAUUGUUGUGCGAACGAGUUUGUAGUGUAAAAAGUUUGGAGAGACAGAAAAAAUGCCGGAUUUCGGAUAUACAGAUUAUGGCGUCGUUCUCGGGACGUUAGGCGUGUCCGUCUUGAUCGGGGUGUAUUAUGGCUUCUUCGCCAAGCAGAAAACGAACGAGGAUCUCCUCCUUGGUGGAAAGUCGAUGGGCAUCGCGCCCAUCGCGGCGAGUAUGUUGGUCACAUACUUGAGCGCCGUCACGGUCCUGGGUUAUCCUGCGGAGGUUUACGGGUACGGGAUCAUGAUCUUCACGAACACAUUGGUCUUCGUCUGUUUCGUCCCCCUCUCCGUCUAUUUUUUCAUGACGGUCUUCUACCACAUGCAGUUGACCAGCGUGUACGAGUAUCUCGAGUACCGUUUCCACUCCAAGUUUGUGCGAAUGUUCGCCUCGUUCAUCUUCAUCCUGCAGAUGACGGUGUUCAUGGGGGUUUGCCUCUUCGCCCCCUCCAUCGCCCUCUCCUCCUUCAUGGGCCUCGAACUCUGGCACUCAGUCAUUGGCCUCGGCCUCUGCGCCACUAUUUACACGUCCAUGGGCGGUCUCAAGGCUGUCGUAUGGACCGAUGUUUUCCAACUCUUUAUGAUGCUCGGUGGCAUGUUCGCCAUCAUAAUUAAGGGCUUCAUCGCAUCCGGUGGGAUCAUGCAAGCUUUCGAGAAAGCAGGAGAACACGGGAGACUCGAGUUCUUCAACUUCACCGUGGACCCUUUCAUGCGCCACAACACGCUCAACUUCUUCCUGGGGACGGGCUUCAGCAUUUUCACCAUGUUCGGCACCCAUCAACCCCAAGUCCAACGUUAUUGCAGUUUACCUUCUCUCAAACAUGCCAUCGGUGCGACCGCAUUUUCCAUCCCACUCAACAUUUUCACCAUUGGGCUCUGUCUCUUGUCUGGGAUCGUGAUCUUCUCGACGUACGCGGGCUGCGACCCUAAAGCGUUGGGAAUCAUUACUCGCGUCGACGCCAUUGUCCCCUACUUCGUCAAACAUGAACUUGGCUAUAUUCCCGGCAUGAUGGGGCUGUUCACGUCCUGCGUUUUCAGCGCGUCACUCAGUACGUUAUCGUCCGGACUAAACUCGCUGGCUGCCGUGACGUGGGAAGAUUUUCUUAAAGAGAUUAAAUGGUUUAGAGACCUUAAACCGAACGUCCAAGCGCAUCUUAUCCGACUCUUGGCCAUUAUGUACGGGCUGUUGAGUAUAGUUCUCGCCUUCGCCGCGAAAGGGAUGGGCUCCAUUUUAUCCGCAACGAUUACUGCGUUGGGCGCGUUGAGUGGUCCGCUCGGCGCCGUUUUCGCCAUGGGAAUUCUCAUGCCGUUCAUCAAUAAGAUUGGAGCCACGUGUGGGAUUUUGACCGGAUUUCUCACCAUGAUUUGGAUCACGGUCAAUUCCUUCAUCCUGGACAAGUCACAUAUUCACUUGCCCUUCAGCUCGGCCGAGUGCCCCGUCGACACGUUGGAACUCUACAACGCCACUUCCUCCAUCCAUGCCAUGGAUGGCUCCGUCGAGUGGCCCGAAAAGCUGUACACCUUGUCGUACAUUUUGUACCCGUUUGCCGGCGGUAUGAUCACCAUCAUCGUUGCGAGCAUUGUCAGCGUCAUCACCGGAGGUAUCGCUCAAGCUAAACGUGUCGAGGACAAAUAUCUGCAUCCGUUGAUCCGACCCCGUGACAAGUUGACCCUCCUCGCCAACAACAACAACAACAACGACGACGUCAAGGAAAUGAAGUACAUGAGCAAAGACAGUUUAGGCCAGUACACCCGCGUCCCGUCCGAACCCCUGUCGCCACCCCCGAAUUACACCGCCUCCAAGGAAACCCAAACGCCGGGCUAUUAUUACUACGCCCACGACACGGAGUCAGUCACACCCCCGCCGCCGUACAUCAAUUUGACCACGACGAGUGGGACUGACAACCACGUGGCGUCACCACGUCCCAUCCUGUACAAGCUUCCAUCCUUCCCCACAACGACCACGGUACCCGGUCCCACGCUCGCACAAAUCCAGACUGCCCAAUUUUCCGACCAUGCGUGAUUUAUGGUAGUCAAAUUAAAUUAUUUUAAGUAUUUUAUGAACGCCAAACUCUGUAAAUUAAAUGUUUUGAUAUAAUUAAAUUGUGCGAUAAGAAAUUAGUUAAUGAUAAAAACGCGUUUUGUGCCAAAAUUUCGAAUAGAAGAUUUUAUAAGUAACUAAUUUUACGACCACGGUAUCCGCCGGUCCCCAGACCGCCCCUUUCUCUGACCAUGCGCGAUUGAUGGCAGUCAUUAAAUUAUUUUAACUAUUUUAUGUACGCCAAACUCUGUAAAUUAAAUGUUUUGAUAUAAAUAAUUAAAUUGCUAAUUGUGCGAGAAAUUAAUAAAUAAAAAACGCUUUUUGAAUCA